ACUGUGGACUGGAAAUCUUGAGGUAGACUUCCUCAAAUAUUUGCCUAUUUCAAAUGGCAACUAUGCGAUAUUUUUCACCAUUUACGUUUACAAUGUUGAGCUAUGUUAUGUGCACAUUUAUUUACAAGUAAUGAAUUAAAUGAAUAAAGAUAGCAAUAAUGUAUCUAUCCCUUUUUGCAGUGUAGCUAUCAGAAACUCAUUUUGGAUAUAACUAAGAUAAGUAUAAUUACUGUAUAAUAUUACUGUGUUUGAGCACCGUAAAAUGUGAUUGCAAAAUGAAAUUACAACAUUUUGAGUCGAGCAUAUAGUAGUUUAAUAUUGAUAUUACCAAUAACAUGUCGAAAUUUGUGUUGUUCUGUUGCUCAUUUGGUUUCCUAGCGGUAAGCAAAGCUUUAUUAUGCAAUCUAUAAAGUUCUCAAACAUUAAUUCCAGUGCAUAAUGGGCCAUGUGACGUACACGAAUCUAAAGUGUAUCUUGAGGAAUUCGACUGUACUUGCCUUUCAGCAUUGUUACAUCAAGGCUGUCAAUCGCACACACAAAUACAUCGCAAUACACAUCAAUAACUUCUCGAGAGAUGUAUUGAAUGUGUCGAUGAACAUCAAGGUGUUGCGUUUUAAUCAUGGCUAUAAGCCAUUCUUUUUUGACAUCACCUUCGAUGCCUGCAAGUAUAUGAAAACCCAAAACGAUCCCAUUGUUAAUCUGUUCUUUAAUUCAUUCAAACAUGCCGCCAAUUUGAAUCACACUUGUCCUUUUAAUGUAAGUAAUCAGUUUACUUUUAUUGCUUUACAUAAUGAAACGUAUUUUCUUCAAAGCACGAUAUCAUUGUGGACAAAAUGUGGACGGGAAAUCAUGAAGCAGAUUUCCUCAAAUAUCUGCCAGUACCCAAUGGCGAUUAUAUGCUCCCAUUCACCGUUUAUAGCAAUAAUUUGGAAUUGCUCACGAUACAAGUUUUUGUGCAUUUAACCACUUAAAUAAACAGCGGG